CACCAACAAGCUGGAGCUGUAACUUUUAUUUUGGAAAUGCGCUUCGCUUCAGCAGGGAAACGCUUUCUCGUGGCGCCAGUUUGUCAUUUUAGUUUCUGUUCUUGGAAAAUGGAACUGGAGGGGAUUGUGCGGAGACUCUGAAAGCUGUGGGGAUAUUUUUCCUUUCAACUAUUCUCCUAAACUCGCUUUUAAACUAAGGAAGGCUGAAAAUGGGGGACGACCCGUACUCCAUCCCCGAGAGGGAAAUGAAGGAUUUUCAGUUUCGUCAGAUGAAGAAAAUCCGUGUCUUUGACUCUCCUGAUGACUUACCCAAGGAGCGCUCGAGCCUUCUUGCCAUCUCAAACAAGUACGGCCUGACGUUUGUUGGCCAGGACAGAACGCUGAAGGUGUUUUACACCCAAGACAUCAUCUCUGCUGCAAGAGUGGAAGGAAAUACCAAUGAAAUAGUGGAGGAUGUGGACUGCCAGGCCGUGUGUUUGGAUCUUUCCAUGCACCACCUCGCCCUGAGCAGUGAUGAGCUCACGCUGUCUGUGUGUGGAGCGAGUGAGGAAGCCCCUCUCACUCUGGACUUCUACGAUGUCCGCACCUUCUUUAACAAGACCAGACAGGAAAAAAGGCCUUUUGCUUCCUUUAAACCGAGCGCUGCACCGGACACUUCGGUGCAGGACCUUAAAUGGAGUCCAGUAGAAGCGUUCCGAUUGGCCGCCUGUCUGUCUGAUGGCAGUAUGAUGGUUCUGGAUGUGACGGACAGCGUUACCCUGGUGGCACAACUUCCAGACUCUGUGGGCAUCACGUGUGUUUGCUGGAGUCCGAAAGGAAAGCAGGUCGCUGCAGGCAAACAGAACGCAACGGUCGUUCAGUACACACCUACUCUGCAGGAGAAGAAAGUGAUUCCAUGUCCAAACUUCUACAGCUCUGAAAACCCUGUCAAAGUGUUGGACGUGUUGUGGUUGAGCACCUUUAACUUCGCGGUGGCGUACGCAGCCGCCGACGGCUCUCCAGAGACGCCACCUGAGCUGGUGGUGGUGUCACUUCCUAAGAAGGACGAGAAGAGGGAGGAGAAAUACCUGAACUUCAGCGAUCUUGUCUAUGGCACCUGCACAGAGAGGCAGCACCACUACUUCCUUUGCCACGUUGAAGACUGGGAUCUCGUCCUGGCUGCAUCAGCUGCCUCCAUUGAAGUCAGCAUUAUCGCUAAACAAGAUGACAAGACAAACUGGGAGCUGUGGGUGCUGGAGGACGCGAGCCGAGGGGAACUACCUGUUACCCUUAACAACGAUGACACGCUGCCUGUGGGAGUGGGCAUCGACUACACCAGCCAGGGAGAAAUUCACUUAACGGAUGAGAAGAAGUUGCCACCGGCCCCGACACUGCUGAUCCUCUCCACUGACGGAGUGCUCUGUCCAUUCUCUCUACUUAACCUGAACCCCGGAGUUAAACAGCUGGUCACCGCUGCCGGCAGCCUUGCACUUGACGGAGAGAGACCACCAUUAGCCAAGUCUUCUGUCGCUCCACCAGUCCAAGCACCUGCUGUGUCCAAUCCUCCCUCUGUUUUCCCUUCUUUCCAAAUGCCCACCACCACUGCCUCUGCAGCCCCCCACUCAGCCCCCAGUGCAGCUCCAGCCUCCUCCUCCUCCUCCUUCGGCCUGUCCUUUACUUUGCCUCCUCUGGCCUCCACUGCGCCUUCUGGUUUCUCUUUUAGCUCCUCCUCCUCCGCAGCAGCCUUUCCUUCCUCCUCUGCUGGAGGCUUUUCCUUCUCCUCCUCCACCACCUCAGCUUUUUCCUCCUCCACCUCAGCCUUUCCCUCUUCCACCUCCACCUCUGCCUCUGCAUUUCCCUCUUCCUCCAGUUUCUCUUUCGCUGUGCCCAAACCCUCCACGGACGCCCCAACCGCUUCCUCUUUCUCCUUCACUGCUCCCCCCAUCAAGCCCCCCACAGAGAGCUCCGCUGCUCCGGCCCCUGCUCCUCAGAGAGUGGCUACAGCUUCACCCAUCACUGUGUUGAAACCUCCAGCAGAACCAGCCACUCCUAGCGUUAGGAUGAACCUCAAUGACAGGUUUCUGGCUGUGGAGACCCCGGCCCCUCCUGCGUCGGCCGUGCAGCUUUUCUCUCUCACUUCCACUCCUAAACCAGCAGUUCAGAACACCAGCGCUCAGCCAACCCCCCAGUUCAGCAUCAGCAAACCAGCUGCGGUUGCAGUGACCCGUCCUGCUCAGACGAGCGCUCCAUCCACUGUAGUGCAGAAACCGGCUGCUCCCACAGCUCCAUCUGCUGCUACGGCAACACAGGUCCUCUCAGUAAAAACUGUGGAGAAACAAAUGCAGCAGAAGAAAGAUUCUGAUCCCGUAUUGACUGGAAUAUUAGAGGAGAUUGCUCAUUUCCAGAAGGAAAUGGAUGAGCUGAAGGCACGCAGUAACCGGGCGGAUUUCCGUGUGGGCACCACUGAGGAGAUGAGGGACCUGCGCAAAGAGAGCGAGGACCUCCAUGGCUUCUCUCUGGAGAUUAAAGAGACCACAGAGUCUCUGCAUGGAGACAUCAGCACCCUGAAGACCACCCUGCUGGAGGGAUUUGCAGGAGUGGAGGAGGCCCGGGCUCAGAGAGAACUGAACCGAGAUAAGGACUAUCUGCAGCUUCUCUACAAGAAACCCCUGGACCCUCGCAGUGAGCAACAACUGAAGGAGAUCCGCAGGCUAUACCAGUAUGUGAAGUUUGCUGUAGAGGACGUCAAUGAUGUGUUGGAUCUGGAAUGGGAGAAGCACUUGGAGAAGAAAAAAAAACAGAAACACAUGAUCGUCCCUGAGAGAGAAGCUCUUUAUACGUCUUUGGCCAACAACAUGGACAUCAUCAACCAGCAGAAACAGAAACUGGACCAGCUGGUGAGGGACCUGCAGAGCCUGAGGCUUUAUAACAAAACCUCCACCUGGAGCACACCGAGCCAGCCAGCGUCCACUCCUUCAUCACAAAGUUUGGAUAAUGAGUUGGAGAGUCUAAAAAACACCCUUCUAAAGACCAGUCUGGAGACCACAUCCAAAGGCCCUUCAAAAUCUCCAUCUAAGAUGACUCCAGUGAAGCAGUCUCAGCUGAGGAACUUCCUGUCUAAGCGGCAAACUCCACCUGUCCGGUCCACUGCUCCAGCCAAUCUGUCCCGGUCUGCAUUCCUCUCGCCCAAAUACUAUGAGGAUCUGGACGACGUGAGCUCCACCUCGUCUCUUUCGCAACCUCCGGAGCCCGAGGAGCCGCUAGCCCUGGCUGAGGAGGAGGAGCCACCGGCCCUCCCCGUGAUGACCCCACGGCACCCCGCAGUGGUUCGCACUGCAUCUAUCCAGCCAGGAUUCCCCUUGCAGUCCACUCCAUUCAGCAGAGUACAGACCGGCCUCGGGCCCAUCAGCAGCCCAGUUCUUCCCAAGAUAAAUAUGGACAGUGCAGACAGCACCGCUCUGGCCACCAAGACGGUGAAGCAUGGACCCCCACCCACAGAGAAGACCACGCCCACCACUCUACCCGCCCCGCAGGCCGCAGCCAUAGCUGCUCUGAACAGACAGAUGAUCAGUCAGAAGCCAACACCUGCCUCUCUGACCGAGUCCACUCUAAAGACUGUCCCUCAGGUGGUGAAUGUGCAGGAGCUGAAGGAUAAAGGGCCUGCAAUGCCCGUUUCUACGGUGAUCAGCUCGUCUGUUCCUGCUCCAGCAGCUCAGGUCGUCCAGCAGGUUCUGGCCACCGUAGAGGCCAAAAAAAAUUCCUCUCAGGCUGCAGUAAAGGUCCCUCCACCUGUCACAGAGGGCGUGCCUUCCCCACAAACUUUUGUGUUUGGUAAAGAUGCAAACAAGUUCUCCUUCAGCAGCAACGCAGUGAAAAUGACAUUUGGUCCCUCAGAGACGCCUUUCCCCCUCACCCCAAAACCACCCACUUCUGUUCAGCCUCCUAAUGUGAGUGAACCGGUCAAACUGACCCCCACGGCACCUUCCUUCCAGCUCCCUAAAGCUCAGCGCAGCCCCUUAGAAACCCUGGGCCCAUUUUCUGACCUGAGAGUUGGACUGGUUGAUGAGGUUAAGGAACCUCCAAAAAGUACUCCAGGUUUCGCUUUUGGAGUGCCUGGCAACGGAUCUGCCCCAUUCACAUUUAGCUCCUUGCCAAAACCUACAGCUUCUAGUAACGGGUCAGAUUCAGAUGGUACGUCAGCAGAUGUCUCUAAAAAUUCAGCACCGCUUGGAGUUCCUGCCACAAUUAGCGUUUUUAAACCACCUGAAUGUGCAGCACCUUCUGCUGUUACAUCCUUCAGCAGCCUCCUAGCUGCUCCACUUACCUCAGCUGAAAAACCUCAAGCGUCAUCACCUCCACCAGAACCAGCUACAGCCCCAGCUGUAACACCUGUAGAACGUCCCUCAGAACCAAGCCUUGAACCUCCAGCUCAAUCCACACCAUCCCUUGUGUCUGUCAGUAAAGUACCCGUACCUGCACCUGCUCAACCAGAGAUUCCAGCAUCAACCGGCGACAAAUUGUCAACCCAAGUUACGUGUACGCUCAGUGUAACACCAAUACCUCCACCUUCUGCUGCGCCACCUGCAGAACCAACAGCUGUAGUGGAAACUUCUGUACCGGAUGCUAAACCUACACCUACACCUACACCAACAGCUAGUGUUAGUCUUGAACCAGCUCCUACAGCCCCAACAGCAGUGACAACCACAGCUCCACCUUCAACAACACCAGGCUCCAUCUUCGCCCCGCCAGUUGUUACUACCACUGGUACAACUCUGUCCGUCACUUGCUUCACCCCAGUGAUUAGCACAGCCGCACUAGCUGUACCAUCUUCUACCACAGCUACUCCGUUAGCACCCAGCACCACUGCUCAAGCCCCUGCUUCAAUUUUUGGUCAACCUACCACCACUACUUCUGCCCCAACAUUCGGUUCCUCUACCUUCGGAGCAGCCUCUACAACCUCUGGUUUCGGAAAGCCCGCUUUCGGGCAGAUCGCCACUGCCAGUUUCGGACAGCCUGCGGCGGCUGCCGGCUCGGCAUCUGGCUUCACUUUCGGCCAGUCGUCUUUCGGGACUGGCUCAGGGUUUGGACAGACGGCAAAUGCAGCAGCUAACACACCUGCCUCCAGUGCAGGAGGAGGAGGACUGUUUGGAUCUUCCAGCACCAGCAGUGCCAGCUCCUUUUCUUUUGGAGCAGGCAGCACCAGCUCGGGAGCCAGCACUGGGACGAACCUCUUCGGGCAGAGCAGCGCUCCAGCAUUCGGGCAGCAGAGCACCGGAUUCGGACAGGGGUCGUUAUUUGGUAGCAACACCACCACUACCACGUCAUCUGGGUUUGGGUUUGGACAACCAGCUGCGUUUGGCAGCACCCCCACGUCCUCAGUGUUUGGUCAGCAGCCCAGCAGUGGAAGUGUCUUUGGUCAGCCCUCGUCUGGCGGUGGUCUGUUUGGCUCGGGGGCUGGUAACACCUCCUCCUCUGGUGGGGGAUUUUUCAGCGGUUUAGGAGGAAAACCCAGUGAAGACGCUGCAAACAAAAACCCAUUCGGAACCACCACGACAAGCGGGUUUGGCCAAGCCAAUCAAACAGGAUCCACGAGUUUGUUUGGAAACAGUGGCGCGAAGGCGUUUGGCUUUGGGACGACUACAUUCGGAGAGCAGAAGACUGCAGGAACAUUCAGUGCUGGAGCAGGUUCUGUAGCAGCUCAGGGCUUCGGCUCCUUCUCCACUCCGGCAAAAACAGCUGGUUUUGGAAGUGCUCCGGUUUUCGGCAGCCCUCCUGCCUUUGGAAGUCCUCCUGCGUUUGGAGGCUCGGCCACUUUCGGCUCCAACCCCUCCUUCAGCAACCCGAUAGGCUCUUCACAGGGAAAGGUGUUUGGAGAGGGAACAGCUGCGGCCAGUGUUGGAGGAUUUGGGUUUGCCUCUCCAUCCAGCGCCCCCACCUUCGGCGCUUUGGCUAAUCAGAGCAGCGCCCCGUCUUUCGGCGGCCUGGCUCAGCAGAACCCAGGGUUCGGAGCCCAGAGCCCCGGCUUCUCGGCCUUCGGCUCUUCUGGAGGUUUCGGAGGCUUCGGGAGUCCAAGCACCAAUCAGUCCGGUAAUCAAACCUUUGGUGGCUGGAGAGGUUAGCUUUUGGGACAACCUGCCAGGGUUCUCACCAUCUAUCAUCACACCUUGGCGUUUAGGAAAGGGAAGAAGGUUGACGUGAACUGACAGCAUGUUAAAUCACACUGACAAUGUGCGGGACUGCUUAAAGAUAAAAGGACUAGCUCUGUUAUAAAAAAGCUAAUACUGCUAACAUUUUAUGAAAGCACUGCAGAAUGAUAUUGUGGCAAGUGAAAUCAUCUCAGAUUCACUUUAUAUUUCUUACAUUUCUCAUUAUUAAGUGAAUAUUAUAUUGUGUUAAUACUAUGUGUAUUAGAGUUAUUCAACUUUUAUAGAGAUUUUUCAUAUGUUUUAAGAAAUUUAUACUGUGAAAUUAUUGCAUUGGCAGAUGCUUAUUUUAAGCAGGAUUUGGGCAAGCAAGCAAAAUUAUAUGCCAAUGGAAUAAGAAUUUCACCUCAUGAAAUUUCUUAAAACAAGUAAAAUGCCGAGAAAUAGGUUGUAUAAUUUUUUAUAUUAUUAUUAAAAGUAGAAAUAAACUGUGUGAUAUUCUUAAAACAAACUUGUGAUGAGAAAUAAAUAUCUAUAAAAGAGAUACUUGAUUAUUUCUCUCUCCAUUGUAUCAUUAUGCAGUGAGUGAAUAGGCACUGAUUAGCAUGUUAUGUUUGCCAUAUUAUCCAGAGAAUAAACACUCACUUCUGCCGUAGUUUGGUGGUCAGUAGUUAAUUUUGGUCAAGCUGUUGAUACUUCUGCUUCAAGAUAUAACAUAGUGAAGGAGUCAGAUUCCUCUUUUCUCUCUGGGAUUCAUCUCUUCUUUUUCUCUUUCUGAAUACAUUAAGUCCCAAAGCAGUGAAAAAUAGUGAGGGUUCUAUGAAAGUAUUUUUCAGUAAAUAUGUCCAGCGUGAAGAAAUAAUUGGAGAUUCUUUCUGUUCCAGAAAUGUUUACAGUUUUCAGCUUAAAUGUAAUGAAAUAGAUGAGCUCUGUUUUUUUCAUUGGGAGAUAUAUUUUAAACAUGGAAAUACAAGCAAAUAAACUUGGCUGAUAUCGGUCUCA